AGCUCAUUAAAAGUAGCUCUGUGUGCACAGUACUGCUAGCAAGCUAUCUUCCAGGGGAUUCCUUCAGUGAGGGAAGAAAAGUCUGUGAACUGUUGGGAUAUUAUAAAUCUUUCCUUGAGAUGUCAGCCAAGAGCUUUAGCAGAAUCAAAGUGACUGCAGUGCUUUUUCUCUUCCUAAAGAUACAACCCUCAGUGCAAGCACCAUUAAAUGGAACUAAAUGGUCUUAUAUUGGUCCUGAUGGAGAGAAAACCUGGCCCCAAAAGUAUCCAUUUUGUGGAGGAGGAUUUCAGUCUCCAAUAGAUCUUCAUAAUAAUAUUCUUCAAUAUGACUCUACUCUCUUGCCUUUAGAGCUCAUAGGUUAUAACAUGUCCACCACUGACCAACUUGCAUUAACCAAUAAUGGUCAUUCAGUGAGAGUGGGUCUGCCUCCUACCAUGUACAUCAGAAACCUCCCUUUCCAGUACACUGCAACUCAGCUUCACUUACACUGGGGAAACAGAAAGAAGCCAGAAGGCUCAGAGCACACAAUCCAUGGGAAGCAUUUUGCAGCAGAGCUACAUAUUGUACAUUACAACUCCGACAAAUAUCCUGAUGUAACAGCAGCAAUGGAUAAAUCAGAUGGAUUUGCAGUUUUGGCUAUCUUCAUUGAGAUAGGUCCAUUCAAUCCAUCAUAUGAAAAGAUCUUCAGUCAUUUCCAGAACGUGAAAUACAAAGGCCAGAAGGCUCAAGUCCCAGGUUUCAAUAUCCAAGAACUGCUUCCCAAAAACAUGAAUGAGUAUUAUCGCUAUGAAGGAUCCCUGACCACUCCUCCUUGCUACCCUAGUGUUCUUUGGACCGUUUUCCGACAUCCUGUACACAUUUCAGAAGAACAGCUGCUGGCAUUAGAAACAGCCCUGUACUGCACACGAUUUGAUGAUCCUGAACCCCUGGAAAUGGUUAAUAAUUUCAGACACAUUCAAGAGUUUGAAGAAAGACUAGUUUAUGUCUCCUUCCAUGAAGUUGCAGAAAGGACAAAGAAGACAACAAAGGUGUCAUCUACAAGCCAGCAGUUGACAAUGAAAAUGACAGAGAAGACAACAAAGGUGUCACCUACAAGCCAGCAGCUGACAACGAGGAUGAUGAUCCCUCCAAAGUAUGAGUUAUAUCUUAUCACAGAGUCUGCUUUUCAUUCAUGGGACUUGACAGAAAUUUGCCCUGGACAAUGCUUCUCUAGCCUAUUACAAGGCUUCAAAACACUUUCAGAAACAGAAGCCUAA